GCCGACUGCACUGUGAGUGGGGUGGGGAUGGGGUGGGGAGCAGGGCUGCUGAUUGAUGCAGCCGAUCGAACUGCCGUCAUCGAUCAACACACGCAAGACCGCUCGUGGCCGGCGCGAACAUGGGCUGGCGCGCGCACGCCUGUGUGUGGUGUAUGUGUGCGCGCGCGCGUGCGUGUGUGUGUGUGUGCAGUCAGGCGGACGCGCGCGGAUUGGGUGUAAGUCGGGAGGAGAGAGGGUGGCAGGGUCGGUGGCUGUGUUGGUGCUAGCACUGCCAGCCAGUUCUUGUCAUUGUCUGCCAGCCUGUGGUGUAAACGCCCCUCACUCUCCUCCUCCACCCACCCCCGGGUCUCUAUAACCCCGCCCCCCUCCACCCCGCACACACUAUCAUCCUAUACCCAUCCCUCCCUGCCUUCUUCCCUCCAUCCUCUACUCGCGUCACCUCCCUCUCUCUCUCCCUCCUUGCCUGGCCGUGCAACCUUCUGUCAGCUGAUUCUGGAAUACUACGGCUGGCCCUGCAGGCGCGACAAGAAGCUGGCACGCACGCACACACACAGACACACACACAUUCACUCACACACCGGCAGGCCGGCGAAGUGAGGCGCUAGUGAGGUGAGGCCUACAUGUCCUGACGAUAACGGUAUAUAGUGUAGUCGUGCCUGUCGGGUGUGCAGAGCCGGACCUGAAGGCCAGGCAACAACAUCCCAGCUUUAUCUGUGUUUGCUGCUGCUGCUGCUGCUGCUGCUGCUCGUGCGUCAGUUGGCCUCUGGCUUGCUGUGUCUUCUCGGCUUCCAUUCGUGCUGCGGGAGAGGAGGAAGCUUGGUGUGUUCGCGCAGCCAACGUCGUCUUCUCGUUGCUGGUGUCGUCGGUCGGCGUUGUGUGGUGGUCGAGGUUUCUGUCUUUGAGCGGCGUCAAGCACCGUGGAAUCCACUUGGUGACCGAGGGUUUGGACAGUCUCUGACCUACUGAGGCAGUGACGAGCGAACAACGUCGGGGGAUCGGAGUGUUUCCAGAAGGAACGGAGAGUUGUCAGACCACCACCACCGCCACCUUCGCCACCACCACACCACCACCAAGCCCACCUACAUGUCGUGAAGACGCGGUGAUGUGAGCAGUUAGUGAAUUCUGAAUUCGCAGCUCUGUGUGACAUCACAGGAGUCCGAGAACACGCGUGGCCGCUCGACACAAUGGAGAGUAGUGAGAGGUAGUGUGUAUCAUGGGAUGUCUUGGCUUACGCCUUAUUCUCCUCCGCAUGUGGCCAGUAGCUGGGAGGGCUGCUCCUGGCUCCACCUGAAUCCUGGUAUGUCCUUGUUUUUUCGACUGCUUCCCUCUUUCGGUCACCGCCGUCGCCAUCGUCGUCCAGAGGGCGAUCCCUCCACCCCACGCUCCUCCUUCCCGAAACAUCAGCCACCCCGAGCCUUUGGGCCUGGCGGUCCGGCCGGUCAUUUCACGUUUGUGCGUCGUUGUCUCGUCCUGCCUGUGUCAACACGGAGAGAGUGUAGUGGCCGCUCAGAAUGUGCUCUCGCCGACGAAGGGGACGCCACUCUAAACCAUGAGGACGAGGAGGAAGACGAGGACGACGUUGCCACGCAGGACACCGCGCAGCCCCGGAUGGAGGAGCCCCGUGUGCAUUUCUGACAUCGCCGUCGACACUGUCGUCUCCGUUGUUGUCGCUCGUGUGUCAAGGCUAGUCUCUCGCUGGCCCCAGCCCCUACUACGGGAAGGUCACGGUCGCGAGGGGAGGAAGUGGCGGCGUGCAAGAUGAGCCUCACGUGUCUCAAGGACCGGGAACGCAAGACCGACCCGCUCGGGCGCAAGCGGGUUACGUCCGGCAGCGUACCCGGGUACCUGCCCUUCUCACCCCAGCUGAAGCGUGUGCCCAUCAUGGCCGGCAGCCUGCCGGCAACCCCAUGCACCCCCCUGACCCACCCGAUAUACCCGCCACCGUAUACGGUGAAGGUAGACUGCCAGAGCGGGAGGUACAGCAUCAAGACGAACUUCAAGCCGGGUGCGGACGGCACCCCAGUCUCCCGCUUCUCUCCCCUGGUGGCGGCCACCUCUGUCACUUCGGGGUCUGGGUCUAAGGCAGGGCUACCCGGAACAAGCUCCACGGGUGGGCAGGAUCAUGCGUCUGGUGCUGCUGCCGCUGCUGAUGCUUCCAUCUCGAGAGGGGGAGGAGGGGGAGAAGGGAUUGGUGUUCCUCCGGGUGUGUCGUGCAUGUCAGGGGUGGACGCCGAGUUCAACACCCCGCGACGAUGGGCUCAGCCCAGCAACGACGGUGACGAUGAGCGGAUUCUCCUCAACGUGGGCGGGGUCAGGCACGAGACCCACGUGUCCACCCUGCGCGCCAUCCCCAACUCUCGCCUCUCUCGUCUGGCGGAGAUGCACGUGCAGGCCGGAGGGGGACCUCAGGAGUACUUCUUCGACCGUCACCCCUCCGUCUUUAACGCAGUGAUAGACUUCUACCGCACAGGGCAAGCAACCGGCAAAGGUGAGCUGCACGUGCCGCUGGAGGUGUGCGGGGCGGUGGUGAAGCGCGAGCUGGACUUCUGGCAGAUCGACGAGAUGGAGAUCAAGGCCUGCUGCUGGCGCCACUACCGCUCCUACAUCGAGAACCAGGCCAUCCUCGACUCCUUCAACAACUCCUUACUCCACGAGAACGUCCACGUCGACCUGGACGCCCUCAAGGGCUGGCGGCGACUGCAGUGGAGGAUUUGGCUGAUCCUCGAGUAUCCUCGGACUUCACGGAUGGCCAUGAUAUACGGCGUCACCUCCUUUCUGUUCGUCGUCACCUCCAUCGCGGGCUUUUGUCUGGAGACGUUGCCACAGCUACGGCCCAAGUUCACCAAUCUGACUGCCCAGUGCGAGGACGAGAACGAGAAUAAAGGUCAGCUGGCCAGGGUCAUGACCUCGCACGAGGCCCUGAACGUGGUGGACGUCAUCUGCACGGUCUUCUUCACGCUGGAGCUGAUUUUGCGGUUCAUCUUCGCUCCCAACAAGUGGCGCUUUGUCAUCUCCCUCAUGAACAUCAUCGACCUCCUGGCCCUCGUGCCGCUGUAUGUCACCGUCAUUUUCCAGAAGUCCGAUCUGCAGGCGUGCUAUCUGAACGAGCGCUUUGUCAUCGAGAUCAUGUUCAUCUUGCGGAUCAUCCGCAUGUUCCGCAUCUUCCACCUGGUCAAGCACUACCAGGCCCUCAAGGUUCUCGUCUACUCGCUCAAGGCCUCCAUGCAGGAACUAUUGAUGCUCUUCAUCUUCCUGCUGAUCGGCAUGCUGGUCUUCUCCACCAUGAUCUACUACGCAGAGCGCAAGGACGCCACCAGCCCUGGCGACAACUUCUCUACCAUCCCCAUGGGCUUCUGGUGGUCCAUCAUCACCAUGACGACGGUGGGGUAUGGGGACGUGUACCCCAAGACUCCCAUCGGUUACAUCGUGGGCACGGCCUGCGCCGUCAGCGGCGUCCUGUUGGUGGCCCUCACCAUCCCGGUCAUCUCCAACAACUUCACGCUCUUCUACCGCCACGUGCAGUCACGCUCCAUCACGCCGCGAUCCAAGGGCGGGGAGGCCGACUCCCAUAUUGACAUCCCGGAAACCCUGCGACCCACACGCAAGACCUCACUGGCCUCCAACGACGGCGGGCCCAUCCUCAACGGUCACGUGUCUGGCAUGAGUCACAUGUGUGUGCCGCUCGCCCGCUUCUCGCAGGCCAACUCCAUGACCAACAUCGUGCUACCGAAGUCGGACUCGGAGUUCAGCCUGGCGCGGAACCGCUCGGUCAAGGCACACUCAGAUGACGGGGUGACGUACAACGCCGAGGCAUUCGUGUGACGUGUCAACACGCCGAGAGGGCGUUGGUGUGCCGAGCGCAAAAAAAAAAAAAAAAUCGCGUCUGGGGACCAGUCAUGUGACGUGCAACCCCCGGACCACGCGCAAACACCGAGGCAUUCGUGUGGCGCGCACAGGAACGACAAGGGCAUUCGCAUUCGUUCAAACGCCGAGACGUUUGCGUGACAUGAAGGGCCAGUGCAUGCGCGUGACGCACAACCCCGCGACCUUUGUGUGACGUGCUAAAGUCGUUGGUCUUACGAGAAGUGGUCGCGUUGUUAGACCUACGGUUGCGUUUUCGCAAACCGAUUCAUGUGAUAAAUUUCUGUUGGUGUUUCUGAGGAACGUGUCGCCAGUUUGUACAGAGGACCGCGGUAGUAGAGAAGCCGCCCAGGCCGGAAGUGACCUCCGUCACCCCUGGCACUGAAGAGAGACUCUCCCCUCUCACCCGUGACAACAAAUACUUGUGCUUUCUCGUUGCUGCUGUUUUCGUUACGAAGUCAAUGACCGGUUAUGAUCUUUACAACGCGUUUGACUGCCAGAAGGUAAAGGUUUACUCACGUAGCUGCACUCACUUAGUACCUACUGCUCAGGCAUACAACAUCCGGGGUCUUUACACACUGAUGCAUUGUUCGUGUUCACUUUUCUCCGUGGGCAAAAAUUGUUAGGCUCAGUACUCUGAAAUGUCCUGGUGGUUGUAAAUAAGACAGCGCAGGAGCUACAAAGGCAUUUUGUUGGUGUUGUUGCUGUUGUUGUUGUUGUUGUUUAAAUAGCCAACGAGAAGAAAAGAAUCCUGACCAAUCAAAAAAAUCCAUAAGGCAGGUGACUAUUCACAACACCUGUCACUGUCUGUAAAAUUGGUAAAUAUUCUCUCCCACCAAACCUUUUUUUUUCCCUCAGACAACACAAUCCAUUUUCCAAACCACGUUCUACAUCUCAGUGACAUCAGAUUGGGAAAUCUUUUUGAAAGAGCCACUCUGCAAGAUGCUAUCCCCCCCCCCCCAACACCAAAUAAAAGUUUUGAAAGAAAAUAUCUGGUAGCAGCUAGUUAUUGUGGGGCCACAACCAUGGACUGGAGGUACUUGCUUACCUAAAAGGUAUCUUUACUUCUGCUCCAUGGUUACAGCCCCAGGUAGCGACCUGAAAGGAAAGAUGUCAACCAGACAUCAGACGUGGACAGCUAUGGUACCUGCCAACCUCUGUCUGCUCCUGUUUUCAGUUGUUAAAAAAUUAAAAAAUUCGCUUUGCUAAAUUUUCCGGCAGCCCACAACAACGGUCACGUGUUCCUCCUGCAACCCAAACCCCAGCGUAGCAUCACCAACAUCGCAGUUCAUCACGAAGCAUCUUAGAGCCAUGCUUGUUCUCAUUCCUGCUGUUACGCACGUGACGUGCAAGGCUGUGACGUCACAUCCGGCGUCACAGUCGUUGUCCAGUGUAACGGCUCUCGGCCUGCGCACCUGUCUGGACAAUAACGGUCGCCGAGGGUCAGGUAGACGAAGCUUGCCAUGUAGUUUGUUAGGAAGCGUCCCCGCAGGUUAGGGGAGGCAGAGCUUGCAACACAGUGUCCUCAUGCACUAGGAGCCCUCGGAGAAAAAAAAAAAACUCCAGCCACCAAGCGGGAGUUGAACCACAGACUCCAAGUACUUCAGACUCUCGCAGGAAACCACGACACGAACCGAAAGUGUUCUGAUGAUGUUUCUUUUAGUGGACGCGAAGGAAAAAGUAGAACUUUUAGAAGAACGAAUGCAAAAAAAAAAAAAAAAAAAAAAGAGAGAGAGAGAAGAAAAGCUGUACACUGUAAACAGUUCAUUCAGACCGCGACUGUCUUGCAGGACUUGAGUGUUGUGGUGGGGGGUCCAGUGCUGGUCAUCUCUCCACCAUGUUACAGAAGCCAGUGCAGUGAAGAUGCUGGACAACUGUUGAGUCAAGUCACGUGGUGUUUGACGGACAUCAGAUGCGUUGUGAUAAAGUUCGCGAUACCCGGAAUCUACUCAUGGACAUGUUUCUGUUUCGAAGCAGGGCUUCGCGCAUACAGAUGCCGUGUUUCAUGCCAUCGCUUUGUUCUGUUUCAUACUGUUAUUUUUUUUUUUAAAUUCAGUAAUUUUUUUCCAAAAAGAAGAAAUGAUUGACCACGAUGCUGCAUAAUCUCCACGCACAUUGCAAUUCAAUGACAUGUCUACCAGUUGUUUCACAGACGAUCGUUUCCUUUAAGAAUUCUGUCGACAUCUCUGUUUCAUAUCAUUUCAGCCCAUGUUCAUGUAAAUGGCUUUACAUCCAACUGCAACAUUCCAUUGUUUUGGCUUUUUUAAACGAAUACAUUAAAUAGGACUUAUUUUUCAUUUAAUUUCUUUAAGAAAGUCGAACGGACAAGUAAAGGACGAUGACUCUUGUUUGAAACAUUAUUUUAAUUAGAGUGAACACCUCUUCCUCCCUUCAAAAAUUGAGAAACUCUUUAAAUUGAAAAUUUUUAUUGACACUCGAGCAACAGGGGCUUUCCAAUCAUUUGCAACACUGAUCAAUAGUGACUAGAUAACAGACACUAGUUGGUCUUGAAGAUAGAAGUUACACAACGAUUUCUGUGAACACAGAAAAAGUGUUGGCACUUGCCAACUGUUCAAACAGGUAGAACUGGAUUUAGGGAAACUGUCAGCAGCAAAAGGUGUGACAAGCGAAUGUGAACAGCUUGCAACAUGAACUUGUGACCAGUGGUCUCCGCAAAAGAAGUAAAAGUAGAAGUCAAGGAGAAAUUGAACUAAUCGAGCGAUUUCUUUAGCUAAAAAGAGAAAAAUGAUGUCUUUUGAAUAGAGGAGGCAAGAACUUUGUCACACAAGCCAUCUUCAUCCUGUCGUGGAACAUUCUGGAGAAGUCAGUGGGGUGGUAGUCAAAGGCGGCAUGGAGAGUGGUCCGUGGUCAAAACUUGCAGCCGUAAAAAUGUGCGUGUGUGUGUGUGUGCGUGUGUGCGUGUGUGUGUGUGUGUGCGCGCGCAUAUAUAUGUGUGUGUGUGUGCAUGUGUGUGUGUGUGUGUGUGUGUGUGUGUGUGUGUUAUCGGCAUAUAAUCACAUAAAAAACUAAUGGCAAUAAAAUAAUAAACGUAGCUGUUUAGAAGUAAACCCCGCAGUCAGCUCUCUGAUAGUAACUACAUAAGAGAUUGUGUUUCUGGCAAAGAAAGACGGUUCCUGUUCCUGUUCCUGUUCACGACCUGCUAACGCGCCAUCUGUGAAGAAUAAUCCCCAAGCAAUAUUGUCACCUUGGAAAUUAUUUUUCCUAGUAGCUAAAAAGCGACAUGUUAUUCGGAUAAAAUUCAAGCUGCAUACCGGAAAUGAGCAAUGUCCUAGGGACUUCACUUUUUAUCGAUGGCCAGGAAUCAGAACUGAGUGGAAAUGGCGGUUACGGCGGUUUGUUUGCUGUUUGUGGAAGUCACUAGAGACCGCCAAAAGCCUCUGGCAUGUAAACAAUGGCUAAUGGAGCGAAGAAGAGAUGUGAAGCAGGGAAGGAGGGUGGCUUGUGUGACAAAGUGUGAUCCACAUAAUUCACAUCACUUCUCGCGAUCGUUGCUCGAAUGCUGAGGGCCGGGAAGAGUGGUUCACUGGUUUCAUGCUUGUGUCACACCGAUAUCUUCUUCGCGAUUUGAGGAACCUGCAAGGGAAUGAACUCAGAGUAAUGGCAGUAUAUAAAGUUCUUUCUUCUAGUCUGCAUUGAACAUAUGUUUUCAAAUUUGGGUAGAGGUUACAGUUUUGUCACGGUUUUCCGUUAUUUCUCCUUAAUCGGGCUGGUAAUCCCCAGACUCUAAGACUUUCGUUGCCUAAACUAUUUUAAAAAAAUGUAUAUAAUGUUAUUCAACAGGCAUGAAUGUAAGUAAUCGUUUUACUAAUAAAACAUGACAUCAAAAACAAUUAUUAGCUUGAUAUCUCCUACGAAUGUAGGCAGACGAUCAGAAAGGAACUGAUACUGACUGCGUCACCUUGUUCACAUCAUUAUGCUACAACAUUCUUGAUGUUCCGGCGAUGUUCAACAACUCUUACCUACUCAUAUGUACUUGUUACUGCUAGACUACGUCACAUGUCAUGUAUAUUUGCAUGCUCGGUUUUUUCCAAGUCUUUUUGCAAUUUCCAGACGGUCAUUUAGAUUAUCCAACUUUCUUCCACUAUGAAUGUUUUUUUAAAUCUUGUAUAUUUCACACACCCGUUGAAUGCAUGUUGUGCCCAUUUUGAUCACGAUGACGAACGUCUGGCAAGAAAAUAACACUGUUUCUGUUAUACUUCCUAUUCCGAGGGUAGCUGACUCCAACCUGGACAAGGGCAUGUUUCUGCUCAGCUGUUCUGGUCAUCUUGGUGGACAACUGCUUGCAAGCUGGGGCUGUGUUCUUGAAGGAAGGAUAGUCGCUGUCCACGGGAAAUCAAAGGAGAGUGUUGGUCUUGUCAAUUUAAAGCGGCGUCAGAGUUCCCGGAUGUUGCUCUUCUCCUAGGACAGUAGUUAAAAGUCAGUGGCAAAGUUUGGAAUAAAGGAAGAUAAAGCAACAUCCCAGGUACAAUGCGUCGUAACUGCGGAUGCCAGAAAUUAAUUUCUCCUUUUUACCUUUGGGCGGCGACUUACCCUUACUUCAAGAACACGGCUUCAGAUUAAUAAAUCCACAAAGGGGCAACUCAUUCCGAAACUCGCUGCUUUAGACAGAAGUUCGUUAAUCGUGUCAUUUUAAACGUUUUGCAAUUUAAAAAAAAAAUGCUCCACUUUAAAAGCUUUUUAAACAUUGAGCUCGUCGUCUAAAAUUUUAUCACAAAAUUUUGGUUUAUUUAACAGACAAGAAAGUAAAUGUGUUUACAGAAAGGGGAAUUUAAGUAGCACAGAAUAGUAUCAGUAAGUCAGUGAGAUGACAGUAAAGUCACCUCCAGUUUGAUUUCUAGUUAAAAGCUAUUUUUCACAUGGGAUUAUUCUGACUUUUCAACAUUAUUGUUUUGUGUUUGAAAUUAAAAGAUUUCUUGUUAAAGCAUAAAUUUUCCUAAAAUAGAACAAUCUAUCUCUCUGUCUAUCUCUCUCUGUCUUUUUGUUUCUGUCUCUUAUUCUCCCUUCUUGAUUUUUAAAAUGGCUGCUAGCUGCUAGGCAUAAUUGAUAAAUUUUCUGGUGGAAAAUUUAAAACAAUAAUAAAGGUAUAUUUUAUCAAUCGCUGAAGGAGUGAAGCCCCUUGCAAGCUGUCUGAAAGCAUCCAUAAUUAUUAACAAACUGACGAUACAUUGUCACGUGGGCAUUUAUUUUUUUUCUCCUGCACCUAAAGUCUUUCGUAAACGUUGGUAGGUCUGAUGACACAGAUCCAAGUGUGAGAUCGUUUUGAAGCUAUGCAAUGACAUACUUUUGUUUUUUGUUUGUUUUCCCAGGUGGUGUCCUGUUUGUUAGUCUCAUCAACCGAUUGAUGUUUCAGUGCUCUCUUUUUUUUUUCUCUCUUCCCCAACAUAAGUCAAGCGGCAUUCAGUCCCUGACACUGCUCAUGUGUUUUUUCUUUGCAUUUAGCUUUUCACAGUCUAGCUAUCCCAGGUAACUCACUACAGAUGUAUUCGAAAAUUAUACUCAGAAGUAGACUCGAAAGGUUGGUGGUGGGGGUGGGAUGUCGGUGAAAAAGGAUUCGUUUGCUCACAGCAGUGUCAACUGUGCGAAUGUUGCGUGAAACCGUUUCUGUUAAACAGAGUUUUGCAAAGCGGAUCAGUCAGGUUACAGAAAGUAACCAAGUCGGUAGUAGGACGAAGUUAGUGACCACUAGCAAACACCUAGAGCUCAUAAGUGCUCUUGAAACCAAAGUCGGUAGCUGACAAUGGGACACUACUCGAGCAGAGCUAAUCAUGAGCAGUUUUAGAGUUACCUCCCGUACACCGUUAGCUGGGAAGACUCUAGCGAUGGGAGGUUUUUACUCCCCUCUUUCUAUCUGCACAUUGGCUUUUGUGUGCAACCCUUGCCCCGAGCGUGUGUAUGUGUGUGCCCGUUCGUGUGUACGUGUCUGCGUGUAUGUGUGCGUGCGUGCGCACGAGCGUUCUCACGCUCACACCUCUGAACGCUCUUGUAUGUCCAUGCAUGCUAACUGAUGCUGGCGAGUUUUUCCUAGAGUAUCAAUACUUAGCCUUCAUGCUAAUCAGCACAUUUUGAUUCAUCUGCACAGUCCGCGUUAAAAUUUUAUUCGCUAAAGGGGAAUCACUACAAUCUGAAUAAUUUUCGACGCUGACGGUAGUUACCUCCCUGGCUAAUGACAUCUAUGGAAGUUGAGUAGUGAUUAUUAUUAAAUCACACUCCUAUCUGAAACUGUAAAAUAAAUUGGAGAGCCGGUAAUGUAGGAAAUAGAGUGAUCUCCUGUGUUUGCCUCCCUGAAGCACAAAGUCGUUUGUCUAAACUUGGCACCUGGCAAGACUGGCCAACGGGUACAUGAUGGGAAGAAAUUUCUCCAGGUACUCCGACUUUAUUCACUCAGCUCUUCUUCCCAGCAUUCCCGAGUUACAGCUAGGCCUGAACCAUUUCUAUCAAACACCAACUAUUUCAUUUCAUGGACAAUUUACAGUCUGAGAGAGUGUGCCAAAGGAUUCGCACAAUUUUUUUGUCCAGUCUCCAUACGAGCGCACUGUGUGUAUAUGGCACGUCUGCUUUCAAAUAUGAAAGUGGGAAGGCCUGUAAUAAAUCUGUAUUCGAAUAGCAAUAACAGGUUGUUUGUGCGUGUCGCUCGACCGACCGUUCCCAACGACACUGGCAAUAUUGCUUUUAGUUUAUUGUCGUGGCUUUGAUUCAGGCACAGAGGUCAAAGUGCAUCGCGCGCCGCCAUCGACGAGACUAAACUGUGCUUAGAGCGAGUUCAUUGGGCUUGGAGUCUAAUCUGUCUGCCUGGGGCUAGUUGCACAUAUUUCUAAACCUCAAAACUUUUUUAAAGAAGUAAACUAAUUAAUUUUUUCAAAAGUCGCCCCUCUGCCAUUCAGAUGCAGUGUGAACGUCUGGCUUCAGCACUUUUAUCUUAUUUAAAAUAACUUUAGUUAAAGAAAGUUUUAAAAUUGUGCUUUGCAGUGCGUUUCUAUCAAAACUGAUUAUCUAAAUAAAUUCAAGACCUGAAAGUGUUUAAAAUUAGAAAUGUGUUGUGCAACUGGCCCCUGGUCAUGACGAAUAUUGCCAGACAAAAACAUUGCUAGAAUAGCUGGAAAACGUGUAAAGGGAAUCUGCUGAAAACUGGUUAAAGAGGAAAAUGACGAUCUGAGCAUCCACAGUGGUCCUUCAUUAUGUCACCACACUUUCCUAUGACAGGUUUCGAAAGAGGGAUAUUUCCAACCCAGCUUGAAGCUCGAAAAAUAACUUUCACCUUUCUGUCGGGCCCCACACACUCCCCAUACCUCAUGUAGUCAUGCAAAACCUAAUAAUUUGUCACUAAAUAAAUAAUCACUCGUUUACUCUGCUGAUAAAAACACUACAGGGAGAUAACUCCAGAGGCACCGCAAAAAACGCACAUUUUGUUGUUGUUGCUGUUGUUGUUUGGUUGGUUUGGUUAUCAGUCUGAAAGACAGACUGCCUGAACAGACGAGAGGAGAAACCAUUAAUUAUCAUACGUUAAUGCCUUGUUUGAACGAGUUCUUCUUUUUUUUCUUCCAGUUCCCAUGUUAAAAUCUUUCCGAGUCGCCAGUUCACAAAGCCAUGCACGCAGAAAUUUCUGCUUUUGCCAGACUUUCAUACCGUCAAUUCCUUCGAAGGGAUUUUUUUGUCUUUUCUUGUUCUCUCUAGUUUAAUGUGUACAGUUACGAACAUUUAUAAACUUUUUAACGCCUUUCUGCAAAGCUGUAUGAAACUCUGGGUUACCUGUUCUCCAGAGCCUCUCAUACCUGGAAACAUGUACUCAGCCUGGGAAAGCUUGUUACGAGAAUGCACUCGUUGUGAAGGGUGGGUGGGAUGAGCCUGUUUCCGCAAACAACAUUCCUCCCGGGUAUACUACAUAUUCCGUGUUCACCCCGCGACGCGCACGCAGGUCUUGGUGUCAGUUUAGAGACAGUCGGGUGGACUCACCCUGAGAUUUUCAAUCUUUAGGUCAAAUUUUCUCUCUGGCUGGCAUCUCUGCUUGCCAUCACCCAUAAAGCACGAGGACUUCGCACUCCAGGGUUCAGGCUGACUGUAAACAUUCACUCGAACCUCUGUUUACCAUAACCAGGCUCCUAUAGUCUUCACUGGGAGCCGGAUGUACACGUCACCAGUCGCUGCAUGUCAUUCGUAAUAUAACUGGGAGCUACUUGGCCAAUGCCGCAUUAUUAUUAUUAUUAUUAUUAUUAUUAUUAUAUUAUUAUUAUUAUUAUUAUUAUUAUUAUUAUUAUUGCUAGCACGCAGCAUUGCCAGGACUUCCACUCUGUAAACUUCUCUACGGAAGCGAGCACAGUACAGUAGCUGUCACCAACAGGGUGUAGGUUAGGGACGUAGAUCACUGCACUUUUGAAUUAACAACAACCGACCGUAGUGUUUUGAUCUGAUUAGAACAAUAAGCUUUUUUUUUCUAUUUGUCAGCAUUACAUCAAUCAUAUAACUGGGAGUCUGACUGCCUAUUGUCUUUCAAGUGCGUUGUAUCUCUCUCUGUUUUCAUUUUGCAUUACUGACCUUUUUAAAGCUUUUGAUGAAUUUUUGCCUGCACGUCAAAUCAGCUGAAAUAAAAGAAGAUCUGUU